UUUGUCGCCCUCUCCAGCGCCAAGAGUAAAUAAAUAUAUUUUUCUGGCAGCCCAGUUCUUUAAUAAUUUUCGGAUUUUGCUGUGGGUGUGACCCCUGAACAGGCUACAGACGAGAAAAUUACCCCUACAUUAUUUACUGAAAUAUCAGGAUGAGUGUGAAAGCAUUUGAACUGGUUCCUGCUGUAGAAAGGUUGAAGCUUCUUGGGGAGAGGACCAGCAAAACUUCAAUUGAAUGUAUAGAAUGCUGUGGGAAGAACCUCUACAUUGGGACAAGUGAUUGCUUUGUGAUCCAUUACUUGAUCGAAGAAAAGAUGCAACCCAAUGGAAAGAUCACGUUUGUCUCUGAGAAACAGUCCCAUAAAUACUUGGCUGUGAGAAAGCCAAUCCAACAAUUACAGGCAGCCUCAGCGCUAACCAGGAUACUGGUUCUGUGUGAUAAUGUCCUGACUCUGCUACACAUGUUCAACCUAGAGCCUAUACUCAGUGGAGCCAAGAUUAAAGGGGUGACAUCAUUCUGUGUAAAUGAGAACCCACGGAGUGGCAGUCCUUUCAGUGUAGAGAUUGCCGUAGCCACAAAGAGACGCUUGGUGCAGGUCUACUCAGUCACAGAAGAUAAGAUGGUUCUAGUCAAAGAUGUAUCAAUACCAGAUAUGCCCGUCAAUGUGGGUAUUGAUUCAUUCUGUGUCUGUGUUGCCCUUAGCAACCAGUACAUCCUGGCAAACUAUGACACAGGUCAAAUCACUGACCUCUUCCCCGUGGAGACGGAGCAUACCACACCAAUCAUCAAGAGAGUCGGAAGGGAGGAGUUUUUACUAGCAGGGCGUGCUCUUGGUAUGUUUGUAACGUCGGGAGGGAUGUCCCAGAGGCCACCAUUGAAGUGGGCGGAGUCAGUCUGCGCUGUCAGUUACACAUUCCCGUAUGUGGUAGCAUUGGAUGAUGAGUUUCUUACAGUUCACAGUGUGUUGGACCAGCAGCAGAAGCAGACCAUUCCAUUCCAAGGAGGGAAGUUGUUGGGUGACUUUGAGGGGAAGAUGUUUGUUGCUUCCAAUAAAGAGGUGUAUGCACUGGUGCCUCUUCCAGUAGAGAAACAGGUCCAAGCGUUACUUGCUGACAAACGAGUGGAAGAAGCAUUGAACCUUGCAAAAAACUACCGGAAAGCUGGACUUGGGAAGGAUAAGUUUCUGCAGAUGUAUAACCGCAUACAGCAGCAGGCAGGAUUCAUCCAGUUCGCUCAGCUUAAUUUUGCUGAUUCCAUGGAGUUGUUCAAGGAAGCUAAGCUUGAUGUGAGAGAGUUGAUCUGCCUUUAUCCAAACCUACUGCCCUCCAACUCCAACUUCCAUCGGGCCAUCCCACCGCUUCACGACUUUGCGGAUAUCAGUCAGGUUGUCCGAGGUAAGCCUGACAAGGUAGCGGAGUGCAAGCAAUUCCUGAUGGACUUCCUAGAAGACGUCAGGGAUACUGACCUAGCAGUCGGCAUGAAACUGGAGGUUGAUACUGCCCUGCUGAAACUCUACGCCGAGUCCAACCCGACCAAACUGAUCACCCUCAUCUCAACCGAGCACUCCUGUGACCCUGAAGACAGCCGUGAAUACCUGCAGGGAUUCAGCCGUCACCAUGCGCUGGCUCUCCUCCACAGAUACCAGGGUGAUAGCGAGCAAGCCAUGGUCCUAUGGGCAAGAUUAGCGGAUGGAGAUGCUACAGAUGAAACCUUCCCUGGAUUAGGAUUUGUGAUUGAUUUCUUAUCAAGCUUAUCCGAUCAUGAACUGGUGUGGAGAUAUGUAGACUGGGCCAUGAGAAAAGAACCGGAGAACGCUACUAAGAUUUUCACUGAGAGACCGGAGAAUGAGCCAGUGAGUGAGAGAAUGAGACCAGACGUGAUCAUAGACUAUCUUCAUGCCUACCCCAGGGCCGUCAUCAGAUACCUGGAACAUCUUGUCUUCGUCAAGAAAAUGGAGAAAGAGAAAUACCACACUCAUCUAGCAGUGCUGUACCUGGACCAGGUCCUGAAGAUGAAGGCCAGCACUGAGACAGUCCCUAGGUUAGACCUGGACCUGGCCCGGUCCAAGCUGCGUCACCUGCUCCAAGACUCCUCCGUCUAUCGGGUCCAGCUCAUCCUAGGGAAGGUCAAGGAGACAGACAUGUAUGCAGAAUGUGCAAUACUGUAUGGAAAGCUUGAGGAGCACGACAAAGCUCUUCGGAUCCUGGUCCACAAGCUGCAGGACUACGGAGCCGCAGAGAACUACUGCAUGGUCAACUCCAAGGACCAGGACCAGGCCUACAGGAGAAGACUGUUCCAGCUCCUGCUCACAGUGUACCUGGACCCAAUGGAAGGUAAAAAGGAUUCCCUUCUAGGACCUGCUAUGAAUCUGCUCAACAGCCCAGAGGCUGACUUUGAUACUGUCAGAGUUCUUCAGCUCCUUCCGGAAACCUGGUCAGUGGGUCUCAUCUCACGCUUCCUCUCCGAAGCGGUCCGGUCCAGCACCCACGGGAGCCGCAUGUCCCGUGUGGAACACACCCUGACCCGCAGUGAGAACCUGCACCUGCGCGGGGAAAUCGUAGACAACAGCCGUUGCCUCAUCUCCCUCACCGAAGACCGGAUGUGCCAGGUCUGUCGGGGGCCGUUCAGUGAGCCGACCUUUGUGCGAUAUCCGAACGGGGUCAUCACGCAUACGCAGUGCGCAAGGAAUAAAGCGGUUUGUCCGGUCACGGGGCGGUUGUUCAGUACGCGCAAGGAGUCGACGUGAUAGAGCAUUGCUGAGUGGUUUUGUUAUGCUUGACCAGAUCAUAGUGGUUUUUAUUGCUGUGAACUCUUAACUCUCAACUAUACAGUCUCAUCUGAAGACUGAACUCUCAACUCUAGACUGUGAACUCUCAACUAUGCAGUCUCAUCUGUAGACUGUGAACUGUGAACUCUCAACUAUACAGUCUCAUCUGAAGACUGAACUCUCAACUCUAGACUGUGAACUCUCAACUAUGCAGUCUCAUCUGUAGACUGUGAACUGUGAACUCUCAACAAUACAGUCUCAUCUGAAGACUGAACUCUCAACUCUAGACUGUGAACUCUCAACUAUGCAGUCUCAUCUGUAGACUGUGAACUCUCAACUCUCAACUAUGCAGUGUCAUCUGUAGACUGUGAACUGUGAACUCUCAUUUCUGCACGCUCAUCUAUAGACUGUUAACUCUGAACUCUGCACUCUCAUCUGUAGACUGUGAUAUCUGAAAUACAUGCAGAUGUAGACAGACUCCAAUACAGAACUUUGUUUAAUCUUAGUCCAAAGUAAGCAGAUCUAUCAUGGGCUUUUGAGAAAAGCAGUUUUUCCAAACAAGAAUGUGUAGAAUUAAAUUGAAUGCAGAGUAUAACUGGCCAGUUUACUUGGCAUCUAUCUGAGCACAUAUUAUCUUCUUACUCUGUUAGUGUAGACCUGCAACCCCGAAAUCAGAGAAAAAUUCAGGGAAAUUCCUUUUUCCCCUCCUGCAAAAAGUAAGGAAGUUAGAAGCACAAAAACAUCCCUCAAAUCUAGGAAAAUGCAUUUUUUUAUUGGCCCCAAAAGAAAGUACCGGCAGUUGAAAUCUCUGACACUUUAAUUGCCUCAACAUUCAGUCUUUGAACACUUUGGUUGACUUUUUCGCCUCUAUGCACAUUCACUCAUUUGCCACAUGUGCAAAUUUGCACAAAACAGUAGGCAUCAAUUGGGGGAAAGAUUGCUUUGUCCAACACAAUGCAAAUUAUUCAUUUGCAGACUUGAUUAGUUCCAUCACAACUUUUUUAUCACUGCCAUAGAUUAAUCACGCACUGGAAAUAAUUACAUAAAAUCCUGAAGUUUUUGGUAUGGUCAUCUCAUGAUAAAUACAAUAAUAUGUGCACAGGGAGAUUAUUUGUGUGCAAUACAAAGGGUUAAAGGUCACAUUUGGUGUAAGGUGAACAUCACCUCAUCCUAAUUGCUCACUCACAGGCAUGUAUGUGUAGCCAUAAUACAAAGUUGCAUUUUGCCUAGUAUUAUCAUGUAUAUGAUUUUGCAUUCUUUUUCUAUUCAAAGUCACAAAACUGCAUAUAAAACAUUGCCAACACCAAAAAGAAUAGGCCUAUUAUGUUGAAGUUCUUUGGGAUAAAAGUGCUGAAAGUCAUUUGAAAUCAAGUUCUGUCUAGAUCAUGUGCUGUGUGACAAUGUUUUAAGAUGCAGAGUCCGGUAUUUUGAAAGAAGAAGAGCUACAACCUAGCUUCCUCGUUUCAGGUGAAGAACGUUCUAUUUCUAAAAAAUAUGAAGGAUUAAAGUGUUCUUAGUCAUCUCUAUGUAAGAGAUUAAACAUUCCUACAGUAGAUUUGAGAAUUUCCCAAGCGCACGGCACUCACGAAAUAGCCCCUGUAAGUUGUGUUGCGUAAAUUGAAUGUGGUGUAUAAAACACUAAUAUUAUUGAAGUGCAAUUUGAGCAAGCAUUCAACCAGCAUUGCAUGUGUUUGCAAAUAUAUUCUUGACCAAAUAAUUAUUCACAUUUUAAUGUUUACUUUUAUAUUAUAUUAUUGUUGUUGUGUAGGAAUUACAAUCAAGCUUUUUGUAUUGUUGGUACAUGUGGCAUUUCAUGUGCUUUUUCUGUACCGUGUUCUGUGUGCAGUUCGAACUGUAUAAAAUACAGAGUAACCUACAAAAGAACAAACAAAAAUCAAAUUUACAAGGGGUAUGAAUAAUUGAGUUGUUAACUGUAUCACCAUGUAUCACAAUUCAUAUUAAUGGCGUAAAGUCUCAUCUUCAUUUUAUCUUGUUUUUCAUGCAACUCAAUUUGUAGCGAUGUACAUUGUAACAUAUAUGAUAUAUUUAUAAUGCUUUGAAAUUGUGGGAUUUCCGGAUAUAAAGAGAUGUGUACAAUUAAAGAUGUCUGUGUACACAAA